AAAUGCCAUAAUCAGGAGUUGAAUGCUUAUCUAUUAUAAUUUCAAAACCUUCCUUCUUUGUAUUACACCAUACAUAGAACCUAACAGGAAGUAUUUCUUAAUGAAAUUACCCAAGAGGCUCUUCCUCAACUCUAUUUCAGUUCUAUAUUGGCAAUCUAGCUAUAAAAGUUACUCAUUAAUCUUAGGUACUGGCUAGGGUGUAGUUCUGAAACAAGGAACUGAAAGUCUUUAAGAAAUCUCUCCAGUUCUGUGUGGGUAAGCUCUUCAGGGAAGUCCUACCUUUCUGAGCAGCUAUUUUUGAAGACAGGUGGUGAGACAGGCUCUAGGACUACGUGUCCCAUUAGGAAACUUUAGAAAAGGUAGACACAUCUGCUGGUUUACCAGUUUCUGACUUCCUGCUGAGCUGAAAACAACUUGUUUUGUGGAAAAGCAAAACUCAGCAGCAAACAUCUAAAAUGAAGAGCCCCCAAACUUUUGAGGAGCAAACGGAGUGCAUCGUGAACUCUCUACUCACAGACUUCUUAGGCACCACGUUGCAGGUUGCUAACCGGGAGCUAUGUUCUGUAGACCAACCAGAUUCAGGAGAGGCUUGCUCUUUUGACGUGGCCAUCAUUGCUGGUCGCCUUCGGAUGUUGGGUGACCAGUUCAACGGAGAAUUGGAAGCUUCUGCCAAGAACAUCAUUGCAGAAACCAUUCGGGGACAGGCAGGAGCUGUACUUCAGAACACAGUAAAAUUUCUCAGCCAGACCUGGUGUGCUCAGGAUUCCAGCUUAGUGUAUGAGAGAGCCUUUCUGGCAGUAUCAGUGAAACUUCUUGAAUAUGUGGUCCACAUAGCUCCUGAAAUGGCAAGACAGAUGGCUAUCCCUAUGACAAACAUGAUCAAUGGCAACAGUGCCAUCCGGGAGUUCAUCCAGGGCCAGGGAGGUUGGGAAAAUCUGGAGAGCUGAAGAAGAGGUGGAGCUGUUUACCAGCCUGAACACUGCUUCCUCUUUGAUCGGGUGAUUGAUUUCUGGCAAUCAAAACAGACAAAACAACCAAAUCAAAAACCACUUUCUUUGGGACAGAACUGAACUUAGCUGAAUAAUUUAUUUUCUGCUGAUUGUUAAAGUUGGGAGCAGCUCCCAGAGGUCUACAGAGAUUUUAUACUUUCUGUUUUUAUGUGAGUUUUAAUGAGGUUCUGUUAAAGCAAAGACCUCCAGACACAAAGUAAUGACUUGUUAGUGGUGGAAUUCCAGGCAACAGGACAGGCCUUUGCUGGAGAUAUUUUGGGAAAAAGGGAGCAUAUAGUAAACUACUCCUUCACAUCUAGACUUGUCCUUUGGUAAGGAUCUUGUCUACUAAUUUUGCAGUCUAAAGGAUUUCAGGGAGAUUUUUAGUUGGAAAAUCUUGUUAUUUUAAGUUGAGGAUUUUCUUUUAAAUUCAUAACCUAAACUUCAUGUUAAUUUCACCUGAGCAGAAUUACUUUAUGCAUUUUCAAGAUUGGAAGCAAAAAAUAACAGUUUGUUCAUUGGCUCUUCUACUAGAAAGGCCAAAGAAAGAUAAAAGAGUUAUUGCAUUUUUACUGCCACAGGAUGCAGGAAGUCCUGACCCACAUCUAGGACAGUAGGGCCAUCCCAGCUUAGAUGAAGCUAGCUGCAUACCGCAGUGUUUUUCAAAGUGUGGUUCAUGUACCACUUGUGGACCUUAUAAAUUGCUGAUUUCCAGUCUCCAUCCCUAGAUACUCUGAUUCUGUAGAAGCGGUCUGGGGCCUAGGAUCGUACCUUUUUAACCAGUUCCACAGGUGAUUCUGAUUACAUAAUAGAGUUCGAGACCUAUCACUUUAGAGCAGGGGUUGGAAAAUUACAAUUCAC